CUGACAUCCACGAUGGGCCCCGACUCAACCACUCAAGACCAGGCAUCCCCUGCUCAGAAGACAUCGGUCCCUACCACUCUCAUAUUCGAUGGGCAGCAAAUAACAUUGGAGAAUGAGCCGUCAAUACCUCUUUACCGGCUUAGCCGCACCAUAGCCUGCAAAGUUCAGAAGCAUUGCAGCAUAAUAUUCGAACAGAUCGAGGUUGUCGAGACAUCCCAUCCAGAUGGGAAAGGUUCAAGAAUACGGCAGCGCCCUCAUGAUCUUUACUACCUUGUGAACUCGCUUCUCAUGCUGCAACGUCGACACGAUACGCCGGCGUGUUACCUCACCGCUCCAUCGCCCAAAGCAUUGGGCAAUAUUCAGGUCGAGGUCUAUAAUACUCCUUCGCAAUGUCUGGGAUUCAAAGCGAUGCUCAACGCCGACAAAUCAGCAGAUGAUGUUCAACUGUUUAAAGUCGAUACCCAACAAAUCUUGUUUGAGAUGAGGCCGAAACUAAAAGGCGGUCCUUAUCAGUGGAUAGAUGCAGAUGGGCAGAUUAUUGCAUAUGAGCCAGGUCAGGAGGGCAAUCACAAGCUCGUAAUUGAAGUUCCAUUGCAACAAGACAUCAGGGAUGCCCUGGUAGCACUAUGGACGUUGAGAAUCUGGUAUGAGCAUAUCCACGGUCAAUCAGAAUGACAGUGAGGGUCAUACAACUC